AUGGCCACCGCACCCAUUACAAGCAGAAGAACAGAAGCGGCAGCAUUAGAGCAACGGCCGGGCACUUUCCACAAACCGAAGCAGACCAGACCACCAAGCACUGACAGCGGUCCGCAAACAUCUUCAUCAUGUGGGCUCGGUUCAUCUUUACACUGCCUGAGGCAACAUCUUUCACCGCUACUGGCGGAGCUGUGGGGACUUAAAUGGGACUCCAACCCUGCUCAAAAAAGAGGAGAAACAGGGCACGAGAACAGGCUUCAUUUUAUUCCAGAGGGUGAUGCAAGCAGACACGGGAGAUCUAUUGCACUCCUGGCCAACAAGUACCCAAGCUACCCAGCGAUCAAAGUGAAACAUAAGGGACUUGAGUACAGCCAGGACGCCAGCCAGAUCAGCAUAGCUGCAGGAACAACUAAGCAGUUACUAAUCCUAUAUAAUUAA